UUACACCACUCAAAUUUCAUCACAUAUAUGAGCUUCCAAACAUUCCAUGACAUUCUGCUUCUUCCACAUCGCACCACUUUGCUAAGAACGAGUCUUUUAUAUUUCAGAUUCACUUUCAGAGCUAUCAGCGUUUUCUCUCAGUUUGAGGUCGGUCACGAAUGCACAUCAAACACCUCUCUCCUUUCGACUCGACAAUUGGUAUGCAAGUUGUGGCUCUGAUACGGGAAGUUCAGUUUUCUUCGGGUGAGCCGGGCCUGCGGAUCGAGGAGGGGCCUCCUUUAGGCACGGUUACAGUUCGCUCGCUUCCUCCACUCUCACAGAGGAGAGUGGAGGAGAGAAUGGAAGGUGCAGGUGCGUCCAUAGACACUCACGCUGCUGAGACACGGGGAAUGGAAUCUGCAGACGAGGAUGCGAAGCUUCCUUCCACUAUCGAGGACCUUAUACGGCGUCUGGAAGGAAAAGGAGAGCCUAUCACGAGGCUUCACGAAUUAACCGGGACAGAUUUUCGGGAUUUCUUUCCCGAGCGUGAAUUGCUCUCGACGGUCAGAGGGUGGCGAAGCCAAGUGCGACUUCGAGUGCUGGAUGCAAUCGGCAACUGCGACACCCUUGAGGAUCUUAACUUAGAAUUUAUUUGUGGCGGAGAUAUAUCUACGUUGACUGUUAGCGAGUGGGAGAUAGUUUUGAGAGGAUUUAGGUGUAGCACCGUCCUAGAAAUGAUACGCCUUCAGUUCUUGAGCUGGGGUUCAGAUGCCGAAGUGGAGAGCUUGUGUUCACAGCUGGGGACAAUUCUGAAUACCUCUAGCGUAGCACAGUUGUCAAUAGACAAUUGCAGAUUGAGUGCCAGAUGUUUCUUGAAUCUCGCCUCAGGACUGCGAGGAAAUGUUGAAUCUAACCUCAAGUAUUUGGAUGUAUAUCGCGCGUGGAAGGACUCGAGUGCGGUGAAGCAUGUGGCUGACAUGAUCAACAGUGCUACUCGAUUAAAAACUUUGGUUUUAGGCUAUAUAGACAACAUGGAGGAGGAGACCGUCGGAAUCCUGUCCCAGGCUUUGAUCAAGUGCUCGUCUUUGAAAGAACUGAAAUUAGAAAGGGUGGACAAGGGAGAGGCCUUGUUGCUGAAAGCUUUGGCCGGAGAUGAUGGCAACCGAUCCAUUGAACGUCUUCGGCUGGAGCGUAUGGAUAGACUCGGAGGCUGUUUUAGGGAACUUCUUACCUCCAACCCAUCAUUGAAGGAAUUGACGUUGGUCUCCUUGCGGAUGAGUCCUGAGGAAUGGCGCCAGCUCUGCGAAGUCAUACGUGACAGGGCUCGAGCAACAAACAUCAUAGUUCAGUUUAGUGGUAUGCAAGAGAUUAGAGAGAAGAAUGGGAGUCAAUAGAAGCUCUUGCAUGUGCUGCUAGCUCCGAUGUCCAGGACCCCACAGUGGAGCUUGUACUCGCACCUAAUAGUUUCCAUGAGUGGAUGUUAUCAUUGAGCUUAGUAGCGAGGGUACUGCGUGGGGAAAUCAAGUCCCUAAAAUCGUUCAGUAUAUACGCGGGUGAGUUUAGCAUGACAUAUACCAACCAAGAUAGAAUAGAAAGUAUGCUGUCGAUGAAUGGAAAAACUGGAGAAGCUUCCGUCCUGAAGAGCUUGCUUUUAAGUUUUUUAACAUAUAAAAGCAAAGAUCUUUUCAAGGGAGUAUGGAAGUACUUGUUUUGGUGCUUGCGAGGGAACAUAAGUCUCACUCACUUGGAUUUGGGUCUCUCCCAUGUUCACGAAGAGUCGUUCAGGGACCUGAUGGGGCUACUACAAGUGAACUUGACUAUCCGGGGAAUAGAUGCCUCAAGAACCACGUGGGCAAGGGACGGAAAGGCGGCACAGAUUCAAGAAGCGUUAAACCAGAACCAGCAGCGGGCAGUCUACAUGUCCGUGUUCCGAGAAGCUAAAUUAGCAUUUGGAGAUGCAAAAGCUGGUAGACUCUUCUUAUGUAGCUCUCAUAGAGCAGGCAAGACUAAGUUGCGUCAAACCCUGAUGAGAAUAGUUCAAGGCAGAAGUUGGCUUGGGAACAAAUGGUCAGAGUUGUGGAGAACCCAAGGCAUUAAAGUGGAGUGCUUGCAAAACGAUGACAAAAUGCAAAUCUCAGUUUGGGAUCUUGCUGGACAAGGGAUUUUCCGUACCCUUCAGAAUGUGCUCUUUCCUCAAACCAGCAAUUUUUGUGUUUUUUUAUUUGUGUAUAGCACCUUUUGUGAGAAAACAUCUUCAAACAAAGGGGAGUCUUGUUUUCAAAUAGAGUUGGAAGAAUGGUUGAGUUUCAUUACAUCCAACACUAAAGUAACGGGACACAAUCGUCCACAAGUUCUUGUUGUGAUUUCACACAAGGAUAAAACCAAAUCCAGUUCUUUGACUUGGGCUCAUUCCAUAGUGGAUGAGCUCACCGGAAGAUUUGCAAAAUUUGUGGAUCUUCAACCUAUCCAAGAGUGUUUUCAUGUGGAUGCUCGGAAAAAAAAGCAAGCGAUUCAUCUCAAAAAUCACAUUUUUGAGAUUUUCAAAAAAUUGUUGAGUGAAAAAUCUCCAAGGGUUCCUCAAUUGUGUUUACAACUCUCGUCGCUCUUGGUUCCAAACACCAAUGUAAACAAGAGUUGUCUUAUUUUGCCAUUCCAAAAGUUUCAUGAGUUUUGUGCUCCAACCUUGACUCAAUACAUUCCAUACUCUUCUGCUUGUGCCUUUGAUCAUUCAAAGAUAAUGGAUUCUAUCAUAUUCUAUUUGAAUGACGUUGGAUCAAUUGUUCAUAUACACAACCUUGAUUACAUCAUUGUGGAUCCGAAUUGGCUCACCAAUACAUUAUUGGGUGAGUUGGUAGCUUUGGGUCAAGAUUUUCAAGCUCAAGAGUCUAGAUCUUCUCACAAAACAUUGUCAAGUGACUCAUACACAAGCAACAAUGGAUUUGUGAGUGAGACUGUCUUUGCUCGGUUGAUAGAGGAGUUUCUGCGAAAGCAACCACAUGGACAGAAAGGAGUGGACAGAGAGGUGCUUGAAAACAUACUUAUCAAUUUGGAUUUGUGUUUCAAGCUAGAAGAUACUUCUCAGUAUUUCAUUCCCUCCUUCAUACGUGAGCAUGCAAGCAAGGAAGAAUAGAAGCAUCAAGAAUGGGAGCACGUGAAGUCGAUGGCUUGGGAAACUAGGGGUGGGACUUCAGAGUUUGUGGGCAUCCGGAUUCAAUGCCAAGACGAAAGAACAAUGUCACUGACCGCUGCUUUUUUUUCCAUGCUUCCAGAGGCUGUCCCGGGGUGGCGUUGAUGCUCGGUGUGAUCCAACCUCUUUGCGUGGAGAUGCUGAUUCCGAGUCAUAUGAGAGGGUUCAUUCUGAUCGAGGAGCUCAAAUCCAAAUUCAUUAGUAGCAUCAAUGACAAACUUGAGGAUCUUCCGUUGGAUAAGUCGCACUUGGAGAAGGAGGAAGAGUUGUUCAACUAUGAGCACUCUUGGCCUUUGAUUGAAGGGUACACAGAACAGGUUAUAUUCGAAAGAGCUAGGGACUUGUUGCGGGAGAGCGAUGUGAAAGCGGUUUUGAAUGACAUCCGAGAGAAGCGAAUGCAACAAUUGGAGUCAUUAGAGCAAGGCCUUAUCCAACAGCUGGAGUCAUUGCAGCAAGGUUUAAACAAAGUGGACAAUGAUUUAAUUCAUUCUUACCCUGAAAAUGAGAACAAGGUUCCCAAUUCGAAUUUUCUUGAUAUGAAAGAUUCCAAUCGACUUUCAUCCAAGUGGUUAAGGCGGGCGAGCACAAGUGUAGAAUAUCGUUCUACCCGACUGGAGAACAAGAUCGAUCAGCGUGUACAAAAGGUUGAUGGUUUGGAUGAGAGGUUGAGAUCAGUGGAGAGUAUUGUGCAGAGGUUGGAUAUUAAGUUGGGACAGAUACUCUCUUUGCAACAAGAACUACAGUCAACAUUGAAUGACUUCAUGUCUAAAGUAGACAAUUUCAUUCAAUAUUCUCAUUCGCUUCACCAGGCAGGAACUCCCAAGCGACCUUACGUUACUGACGAUGUGGGAAUUUUCUAUUGGAUGAGUGCUCUUCUGCAUGUUGGGACAACCGUUCGCUUACACUUGAUGUGUGAGUCGGCUACUGGGUUUCACAAGGUGGAAGAUCAAGAAGGAUUAAAGAUACGAUUGGAUCGAGAGAAUUCCAGGUGGAUUGGGAAAAUAAUUGAAAUCUCAUUCAAAGUUAUGUAUUAUGCUGCAAAGGCUGGACUGGAUGCGACCCUUGGUGUAGGCCAAGCGAUUCCGGAUUGGGGAGAUUUAGAAUCUAAUAUUGUGAAACUAGAUAGCAUUAGCGAUCGUGAUCGUAGGGCAGUUCUAAAAGGUGGAGAAAGCAAAGAGCUGAAAGAAGCAUGGUUAAGGAUUCAGCAAACUCUUGCACCCCAGCUUCAAGGUGGUUAUUCCGCAAUCUUUAAGUUGUAUCAAGUGAAAUACGUGAGACUAGAAUUAGGUGGGCAUGCAUGGGUGUGCAUGCAUAAAGGUCGUAGCUCUGGCAUUUUGACAUAUUAGGAAUUUGAAGAGGUUAGAAUGUCAUUAUGUAAUUGACAAGCAUGUGUUUAGAUCCUCAUGCAAUAUAAACCUCUGCAAAAUCUUCCUUGGAGUU